AUGAAGCUCUCCCUCGCCGUCGUCGCGCUAGCCGCGGGCGCGCACGCGUUCAACGUCCCCCCCGAGGCCGACUUUGACUUUUCGCGUUUCCGUGUCGGUCACACUGGUGUAGCGCGUGACCUCAAGGAGCGCGAAGCCGCCCCUGCUCCCGAGGCUGAGGCUGCGGCCGAGGGUCGUAACCCCCGCUAUGGCCACCAGAACCAGUACAACGCGCCAAUCUUCGUUGAGACUGGCCGCUUGCCCAGCAAGGGUGAGCGCCGGCCAUGCCACGGCAAGCACGGCAAGGGCGGCAAGGGCGGUUUCCUCUCGAGCCUGCUUACUCGUCUGGGCUUUGUCUCGCCGCAGCCAUUCGGCGGCAUUCGCUCUGUUCCUCAGGGCGAACACCGUCUGCACCACGGCCACGGCCAUGAUGCGCCGCAGAAGACCAAGGACUCGGAGGCUCCCGAAGCUGGGUUUGCGCACAUCCUCCCGAUCUUUGGCGAGGGUGAGCCCCACAGGGUCGUUGGCGAGUACCAGCCCUCGAACGGUGCCGAGACGUUCAAGUGGAUCGUCGACGAGUUUGGAAGCAUUGCCGACCUCGAGUCCGAGGAGCCCGAGCCCGAACACAAGCACAAGGAGCACAAGCACAAGGAGCACAAGCACAAGGAGCACGAGCACGGCAAGGAGCACAAGCACAAGGGCAAGAAGAACAAGAACAAGAGCAAGGGCGGCAAAAAGUACAAGCACAAGCACCACAAGGACAAGGGCAAGAUGUACUCGCUCAAGAAGGCAGGCAACAAGCUCUGCGACGCGCUCGCCGAGCUUCCCCCCGCCCUCCGCGGGUUCGUUGUAGGCGCGCUCAUCGGGUCCAUGUUCCAGGUUCUGUUCUCUCUCGUCUUCCUCGCUGUCCGUCUCCGCAGGCGCAAGUCGUGCGAGGCGCGUCGCGUCCGUCGCGCUGAGCGCAAGGAGGCGCGCAAGGCCGCCAAGGCCGCGUACAAGGCCAACAAGGCGGCUAGGAAGAGCAAGGCCGCCGAGGCUGGCUACGACGAGGAGGAGGCGUUACCCUCGUACGCCGAGGGCGAGACUGACGCGCUUGUCAUCCGCCAGUAG